AUGCUCGCCUCCCUCCUCUCCAUCGGCCUCAUCGCCCUCGCUGGGUCCGGCACCCUCGCCACCCCCGUCCCCUCCCCUGCCGAUCUCGUCACCCGGCAGACCGGCUGCGCCGCCUACACCAUCAUCAACACCCGGGGUACGGGUGAGCGCCAAGGUCCCUCGUCCGGCUUCCGCACCAUGAACAGCAACAUCCUGUCCGCCAAAUCCGGCGGCUCCGUCUACUCCACCGUCUACGCCGCCAGCUUCUCCCAGAACUCCGCCGCGGGCACGGCCGACAUCCUCCGUCGUCUCUCGUCCGAGCUCUCCGCCAACCCGGCCAAGUGCUUCAUCCUCGAGGGCUACUCCCAGGGCGCCGCGGCCACCGUCAAUGCGCUAGACAGCAUUCCCACCUCGGACCCCCGGUUCAACGCUGUCAAGGGCGUCUUCCUCAUCGGUAACCCGGAGCACAAGUCAGGCCUGGCGUGCAAUGUCGACACCAACGGCGGGACGACCACCAGGAACGUCAAUGGUAUCUCGUCGUUUGGCGGUGGGAUCCCGGCGGCUUGGGUCAGCAAGACGCUUGAUGUGUGCAACUUUGGCGAUGGGGUUUGCGACACUAGGAACGGCUUCGGCAUUAACGCCCAACACCUCGCCUACCCCGCCAGCUCGUCCACUCAGAAGCUCGGCACCGACUUCGUCCUCGCUAGGCUCAACGCUUAG